AUGGAUCGUUAUGAAUUUGAAACAAAUCGUGAUCCAUUAGGUCAUCAAACAACAUCAAUAUUUCCCUAUUGGAUAUCUAUAACAGAAAAUCAAAUGCCCUAUUUAUAUCCAACAUGUCUAUCGUCUGGCAUUGUAUUUUCAUUAUUAACAAUGAUAGCAUUAGCUCAACAUGUUUAUUUAACAUCAAAACCCUAUUUAUUUAUUCAAUCAAUUAUUGAUACAAUAUUUUUAAUUAUUGGUGUUAUAUUAACUUUACCAAAAUAUUAUCAUUUUAUACCAACAUUUUAUAGUGGAAAAAUUUAUAUAAAUGCUUUACAUUAUGCAUGUUGGUUCAUUGUUAUAUGGAUAUUUAUUAUUGCAUGUUUAGAUCAUACAGUUACAUGUAUUCAAUCAAAUGGAUAUAAUGAAAAAUUAUUUUGUUCACCAUUUAAAUCAAGAAAUAUAAUUAUUUUAAUUAUAAUUAUGGGUACAAUAUCAGCUAUACCACAAAUAUUUGCAUGGGAACCAACAAAUGAGAAUACAUUUCGUCCAACAAAUUUAAAAACAUCAUUUUUAUAUGAACAAAUUUAUUUUUGGUAUAUACAAAUUAUUGUUUUAUUUAUACCAUUAUUUUCAAUUUUUGUAUUUAUUGGUGCAUUAUUAUAUACAUUUUGUAAAAAACGAGAACAUUAUUUAUUAAAUGAUCAUGAUCAACAUCAACAUAAUCAUAUAUCUCAUUAUACAAUAAAUUAUGGAAAUAAUGAACAAGAUAGUAUUCAACGAUUAAAUAAUCGUGAAAGACAAAAUUUAAGUAAAUUAUUUUUAUUUAGUUGUUUUUUACAUCUAUUAUUAGUUAUGCCCUAUUCAUUUGUCAUUUUUUUUGGUAAAUUAUUUUCACGUGAACAAGAAUCAAAACAUAAUACAACAACAACAACAACAACUGGAUCAUUAGGACGAGAAAUAUUAAUUGCUUAUGAUACAUCAUUAUUACUCGUUUAUAUUAAUAUUUUAAUGAGAUUUUUUGUCUAUAUUAUAUUUAGUGGAAAGUUUCGUCUAUGUUUACGAAAAAUAUUUACAUGUAGAAGUUGUUGCUGUUCUAGUAACAAAAAAAAUUUAGAUGAUGUUUAA